AUGCUGAAGACCCGCCAGUGUCUACUCGGCAUCCGGACUUUCCUGGGUGUCACGUCCAGAAUAUGGGGCUUCUUCAUGUACAUCCUCAGAAGGCACCUGCGAACGAUCAUCCAGUAUCAAACCGUGCGCUACGACACCUUGCCUCUGUCGCCGAUCUCCAGAAAUAGACUGAACGCGGUCAAGAGGAAGAUUCUGGUGCUGGACCUGGACGAGACGUUGAUCCACUCACACCACGACGGGGUCCUGAGGCCCACGGUGAGGCCGGGAACACCGCCCGACUUCAUCCUCAAAGUGGUCAUCGACAAGCAUCCGGUGCGAUUCUUCGUACACAAACGGCCGCACGUGGACUUCUUUUUAGAAGUGGUGAGCCAGUGGUACGAGCUGGUGGUCUUCACGGCCAGCAUGGAAAUCUACGGGUCGGCGGUGGCGGACAAGUUGGAUAACAAUAGGAACGUCCUUCGACGUAGAUACUACAGGCAGCAUUGUACGUUGGAUUUAGGAAGUUAUAUCAAAGAUCUGUCGGUAGUCCACGACGACCUGUCCAGUAUCGUCAUCCUGGACAACUCGCCCGGCGCUUAUCGAAGCCAUCCGGAUAACGCGAUACCCAUCAAGUCGUGGUUCAGCGACCCCAGCGACACGGCACUUCUGAACCUGCUGCCUAUGCUGGAUGCGUUAAGAUUCACCGCCGACGUCCGCUCCGUCCUCAGUCGGAACCUCCACCAGCAUCGGCUGUGGUGA